UAAUUGAAUAAAACAAUAGAAAUGAACAACACAAAUGAAAACAGUGCGGUGAAAAUAGCUGUGCGCGAAAGGCCAGCUAGAGAACAUUUAAAAAACAAUUUGCAAACCAGUGUUAUUACUUAUCAUCCAAAUGGAAAUAACCUAAUUGUAAACGAAUCAGUUUUUACAUUUGAUCAUGUUUUGGGUCCAUCCGUAACACAAGAGGAAAUUUUUGAUAAUUUAAUUAAGCCGCUGGUGGUCAACCUGAAGCUGGGAUUCAACUGUACAGCCUUGGCUUAUGGUCAAACGGGAACUGGUAAAUCUUACACUAUGGGACUGGAUUCUAAAAGUUUUGAUGGAGAGGAUGUUGGAGUUAUUCCACGCUGUUUAAAAGAAAUAUUUUCCUCUAUUGAUGUAAGUACAGAAAAGCAGGCAGAUAAUCAAAAUCUCAAUAGUCCAUCUAAGAAAGUGGAGAUAUCAGCCUCAUUCAUUGAAAUUUACAAUGAAAAAGUUUACGAUUUAUUGGGAGAAAAUACAAACGAACCCAUAGUUGCCAAAGGUUACAAAUACACUGGAGGAACACGCAAACCUUUAAAUAAUCUCGAUGACUGUUACGCUAUAUUAAUUCAAGGCAAUAAAAACCGACAUGUACGUCCCACCAAAAUGAAUUUGCAAAGUUCACGUUCUCAUGCCAUAUUCACAAUACACGUUCGUUCCAGAAUACAAAACGAUAAUGGUGACGAAUCCAUAACAACAUCGUGCAUGAACAUUGUUGAUUUAGCUGGAUCUGAAGGUGUUAGGCGUACGGGACAUCAAGGUGUAGCAAUGUCUGAAGGAGUUCAUAUCAAUCAAGGAUUACUAUCAAUUGGCAAAGUUUUGCAGGCAAUGACCACAGGGAGUAAAGUAAUACCAUAUCGGGACAGUGUUUUAAGUUCUGUUUUGCAAGAAUCCUUAAAUUCAAAUUCAUAUCUGACACUAUUGGCAUGCAUUAGUCCUCAUCGUGAAGAUUUAAGCGAAACAUUGUCGACAUUGAGAUUUGCCCAAAAUGCCAAACAGUUGAAAAAUACUCCAGAAAUAAACAAUAUUAUAGCUGAUAUAAAGAAAAAUGCCAAACUAAAGCAGACACCUUAUAAACCGAAACCUAUGCAGAUAACUAAUCCAAGAGUUACACCUCUAAAACGUUCAUAUUCUACGCUAUAUGGCACACAAGCAAAAUCAGCAGUAAAAAGUAAUACAUUUUGCACUCCGAAAAAACAACGGGUAGAGGUAAAUAAAUGCAAUCAAACUGAAAUAUCCAGCAAUUACAAAAGACCAAAGUUAUCAAAUUUGGCCAUGAAUUUGCCAAAAAUGGGUCAAUUAGAAUCGACUCAUAAUCGUGAAUCUAUGUUCAACCGGAGUUUAGAUUCAAAUGGUUCCUUGCUAAGCUUAAACAUAUCUUCCUCAACUGCUGUCGAUGGGCAUGCGUACAAAAGGAACACAAAUUAUAGUCCAAUUAUACGGAAAUGUAUUGCAGAGUUGAAGACUGAUUUGGAAGAUAACCUGAUGAAAAUGCUACAAAAAAAUCUACACACACUAGUGCCUCAAACUCCUGCCGCCGCACCCACUCUACAAAACCAAACUGUCCUGCCCUCCACAAUACGACAGGAACUUAAAAAUAUUAUGAAAGAAGUUUUGUCUGAAAAAACUGCACAUCCUAAUUGUGAAGAAAAUACUGCCCAAAUUAAUCCUUUGAAAACAAAUGCCAAGUGUCAAUUGUUCAACAUUAGUGAUGAGCUAUUUAAAAUUCCUGAAAUUCCUUCCGAAUUACAUAGACCAAAAACUUCAAGUCCAAUUAAUAAUGCCCGAAACUCUUCGAAAGCAUCGACAUCAUUCACACAAACUUUCUUUGCUGGUGCUACAAACUCGGAUAAAACGGCAUUAAAUAAAUCUAUACGACGUUCCAUUCGUAUCUCUGGGAAGCAACAACAUGACCAAUCCUCAAGUAUUUUCAAUGAUACCCCAUUGGAAAAUGCCAAUCAAUCACUACGUCGAAGUUCACGUAAAUCUGUUUUACAAAUGUAUCAUAGCAAACGUCGGAGCAUACGUUUGGCCACGCACAAUGAAAGUCUUCUAGCCGAAAAUAAAGAAGAUAAUGUAAAAGUUUCUAAGACUGUAAAAAAAAUAAAUAAAACUACCAAAGGAAAUGCAAUAAAUAACUCAAUAAUAGAUGCAUAUUGUAAUGGAUCCACUUCAGCAAAUGGCAAGACAAGUUUAACUAAACAUCGCAAAGCAAUUUUAGAUCUGCUCAACAAAGGCUCUAUGAAAGAAUUGCAAAUCUUACCUCAAGUUGGACAAAAAACCGCUUAUCAAAUAGUCACGCAGAGAACACUUAACGGCAAAUUCAAAAGUGUGGCUCAAGUUGAAAAACUACCCAUUUGGCGUGGUAGCGCUUGGGAGAGAUUCGCCCAGGCAAAUAUGUUAAUAUAACAAUCAGCAGUAAUUUAACCAAUAAGUAGGUAUAACGAAUUUUAAAUAUUGCAAUAUAUGUACUUUCCCACACCCAUCAUAUACUUUAGAGUGACACAUGAUUGUAUGGCAGAGAAAAUUACCAUACUACUAAAUUACCAUCAACUCAGCAAACACUGCUGCUACAACAACAACAACAACCAUACUACAACUAAAAUUAUUCUCUGGGUUGCUAAAAAUAAAACAACAUGGUCAAUAUUAUCAUAUUCAUUUUUUUACAGUCAUACACAAAUUUUUUAAAGCAUUAUUAUUUUUUUUUUUUGUUAACUAUACUAACUUUUAGUGAUAUAAUAAAUAUAAUAUAA